AGAGAUUCAUUGGCGUGACCAAGGGUAUUUCAGGAAUUUCUAGGCACCUGCUCCUAUCCGCCAAACAUCUGACGGCAGACGUUAUUGAGGCGAAACGCUUCCAGUAGCUUAUGAGGACAUGCAUUUGAGAGUUUUUUGACAUUUAUGGAUACAAAGCCGAAACGAACAAAUGGGCAAGCGAGAAGUUCACGAUGCGAACGGAUACGACUGACAUUUCCUAACGUCACUACUUCACUUUGUAUAUUAUCAUUCAUUUCAUUAUUUGCUAUUCUCAGUGCGACAGAGUAUAAUUAUGAGGAUCAAAUAAGCAGUACGAGUUCACAAGCGUCAAGCCUUCGUAAGGCUUACACUAAUGAAUGGGCGGUCAGAAUUGCUGGCGGUUCAGACGAAGAAGCGGCGCGACUCGCGGCCAAGUACGGGUACCAGAAUUUGGGUCGAAUCAUUCCGGGUGAAGAGUAUUUUUUGUUUCGCAAUGUCAAUCAACGAAGUCGAUCGUCGCGAAAAACUCGCAGUUUACAGCUGAACCGCAUUUCACACGAGCCAGAGAUAGUAUGGAUGGAGCAACAAAUCGCCAAAAAGCGGGUGAAACGAGACUAUCGACAACAGCGACAACGGCGAGGUCGAACGAUGAAUGAAAAUGACAUAACUUACGGAGAGGACGAAACUCUUGUGAGCAAGUCAAGAAAUAGAAAACAACCGGAUCCGAACGACCCACUUUGGACUGAUAUGUGGUACUUGAAUCGCGCCGAAAUCACUGGUAACUCAAAAAUGGAUCAUAACGUAAAAGAAGCUUGGGAUUUGGGCUAUACGGGUCGUGGCGUUGUCGUGACAAUUUUGGACGAUGGUUUGGAAAGAACCCACCCGGACAUUGCACCCAAUUACGACGCUCGCGCUUCUUAUGACGUCAACGAUCGUGACGACGAUCCCAUGCCUCGAUAUGAGUAUUCGGAUGAGAACAGGCACGGGACGAGAUGCGCUGGAGAAGUCGCUGCAAUCUUUAACAAUAGCCUUUGUAUAGUGGGAAUCGCGUACAAUGCCCGAAUUGGAGGUAUUCGCAUGCUUGAUGGUGAUGUGACAGACGCUGUCGAAGCUGCGUCGUUAGGUCAUAACUCGGAUUAUGUUGACAUCUAUAGCGCAUCAUGGGGCCCUGAUGACGACGGAAGGACCGUUGAUGGACCGGCAAAACUCACACGAGCAGCUUUUGAAAGAGGAAUCCGAGAAGGACGUCGAGGCAAAGGAUCGGUAUUUGUGUGGGCUUCCGGAAAUGGAGGAAAAGAUGCGGAUUCGUGUAACUGCGAUGGAUACACUAAUAGCAUCUACACCCUGUCAAUAUCGGCUGCUACCGAAAAUGGGAAUAUUCCAUGGUAUUCCGAAGCAUGUAGCAGUACGUUGGCAAGCACAUAUUCAAGUGGAGCCACCGGAGAGAAAAUGAUUGUCACCACUGACUUGCACCAUGCCUGCACCAACACGCAUACUGGCACAUCCGCCAGUGCACCAUUAGCAGCUGGAAUUGUAGCACUUACGCUAGAAGCUAAUCCGGAUCUCACAUGGAGGGAUUUACAGCAUAUCGUAAUCCGAGCUGCAAAACCCAUAAACCUUCGUGCUGGUGAUUGGAUAACCAACGGUGUGGGACGAAAUGUGUCGCAUUCAUUCGGUUACGGUCUAAUGGACGCUGGAGCAAUGGUACAGCUGGCUAGAAACUGGACAACUGCUCCUGAACAACACAAAUGUCGGCAGUUUUAUCCAAGUCGAUUCAAGACCAUACCGCAUGGUAACCGACUGCAGCUGCAGUUGUACACAGACGGUUGUGCUGGAUCUCCAGAUGAGCAGGUCGUCUAUCUAGAGCACGUACAAGCUAUUAUAACGCUAAAAGCGCCAAAGCGAGGCGACAUACAGAUCUACCUCACUAGUCCGUCGGGUACAAGAUCUACGCUUUUGACGAAACGAGCACGGGACACGAGUCGAGCCGGAUUUAUCGAAUGGGCCUUUAUGACCACUCAUAGCUGGGGCGAACUCGCUGCUGGUCUGUGGACCCUCGAAGUCGACAACGAUGGAUGGGAUGACGCCGAACUCGUCAAAUGGGACUUGGUAAUGUUUGGCACAGUGGACGAGACAACCCAAUACGGUGGCGGGCAUAACUCGGCCCUAACAGCCCGGUCCUUAGCCCACAUCGAGGAAGUGCGUAAAACCGCGCCAUGGUCUUCGCUCAGGCAGCUUUUGGCUUCAAUAUCGUUGCCGAUGUUAGUUCUUCUACUUCGAUUAUGAUGUCCCCCCACCUAUACUAUCCAAUUCUAGUGGCCUUAAGAUUCUUUCAUAUGAUUCUUCAUUACUAUUGAAGAUAUCUCUCACUGAUGAUGAACUGCUCCAGUUCCUCUUCUCCUUUUUUUUUGUAUCGAAAACAUUCUAGGCUACGUAACUUUCUGUCGUGCUUGUUGUACUUUUGUUAUAUCUUCCUUUGAUCUCCUGUUAAAAGGGAAGCGAACACACAUUCCAAUGGAUUUUGUGGAUUGUUCUCCCCUAAGAAGUGCGCGAGGGCAUUUCCACUUUCCUAUUCCUUCGCACUCCCCAUUUUGUAUACGGUAACCGAUUCGUUUGUGAUUUUUCGCUUCACUUUUCGCGUCAUCUUGUCUCGUUUAUUCCUUUUUUUGUAUUUUCUCUGCCACCUCCAGCGUCUUCUCUAGUCGUCAUCUCUGUCGUGUUCAAAAUGUAGAAAUGAGAGCUUUAUGAUUUUUUGUUUGAACAGUGCAAAUGUCUUGUGCCCUUUCAUAGUUUC